AUGGGGGCAUGUGUCGGCCGAUGGACCGCCGAGUAUCUUCACGAGAGGACCACGGACAAGGUCCUCGCAGCAGGCGUCCACGUCUGCCCUUACAGGACCGUCGACCUGGCCGGGCAUCGCCUGCCCAACAGCAAGAAGAACUUUCACUUCUGCGAGAUGACCUUUGUCGACUUCAUUCGCCGCUGCAACCCGGACAAGUUUCAGCACCUCCAGCCCCUUCCUCCCGUCGUCGAGGAGGGGGAGAGGCUCUACCUCCGCAGCGUCGCUGCUGGGCAGGAUGCUGCCAAACGCGCCUCUCACAUCCACGAGACUUUCCCGGAGCUCGCAGAGGACCUGACGCUCCCUGCGGGGAUAGUCUAUCCUCCUGCCAGGUACCACAGCUCCGUCCUCCGUGUGACUGGAUCGAAAGUCGUCACGUUGUGGCCGCCAGUAGAGGAUCAAAACUUGUACACUCAAGGGUCGUCGUCGAGGGUCGAGAGCAUCUCCAACCCUGACCUCGCUCUUCAUCCUCGCUUCUUUGAGACAUGGCAGAGUCGGCUCGAGGGAGAGCUGAAGCCGGGAGAUGCAGUCUACAUACCCCCACUCUGGUUCCAUCAUGUUCGGAUGCCCUCCUUCAGCGUUGCCGUCAAUGUCUUCUGGUGCGGGUCUAGCCCAGACCUCUACAACCCCAAGGACUUGUACGGGAACAAAGAUUUGCCUGUCCUUGACCAAGCGCUGGCACUUGCGGCUCGAGCUGGAGCAUCGCUCUCCAAGAUCCCUCAACCCUUUCGCAGCUUCUACGCUCGACGACUAAUGAGAGCGUUGGACGAGUACAACUGA